GUCACUGUUGUAGCAUCUUCUUCUUCACUUGUUCUUCCUUCUGCCGUCGUCGAUAAUGGCUGCUUCCGAUGAUUCCUCUCACUACUUCACCGAGUUUACCUUGGCUGAGAUUGUAGACAUGGAGAAUCUGUAUAAGGAGAUAGGUGAUCAAUCUCUCCAAAAAGAUUUUUGUCAAACUGUUGCCUCCACUUUUAGUUGUUCUACGAACCGGAAGGGGAAACCAUCUGUAACUUGGAAACAGGUACAGGGUUGGUUUCAGGAGAAGCUGAAGCAGCAAAGCCAACCCAAAUACAAAACUUUGCCAUCUCCUCCUUUGCAGAUUGUUGACUUGUCGAAUCCUAAUUUUGCUGGAAAGGCUGUAAAUGUUGGGAACGCUACCUAUGUUCAAAGACGAAAAGGUAAGGCUUCUGAUGUUUCUGAUCUGGCUUUUGAGGCUAGAUCAGCUAGGGAUUACGCUUGGUAUGACGUGUCUUCGUUCGUCACUUAUAGAGUUCUUCGCACUGGUGAACUGGAAGUGCGUGUACGUUUCUCUGGGUUCGACAAUAAACACGAUGAGUGGGUGGAUGUCAGAACAUCAGUGCGUGAGCGUUCUAUUCCUGUAGAACCAUCAGAGUGUGGGAGAGUGAAUGUUGGUGACCUGCUUCUAUGUUUCCAAGACAGGGAGGAUCAAGCAUUGUACUGUGAUGCUCAUGUUGUGAAUAUCAAGAGAGGAAUUCAUGAUCAGUCGAGAUGUAACUGCGUGUUUCUUGUUCGCUACGAUCUUGACAAUACAGAGGAAGCAGUGGGAGUAGAAAGAAUUUGCCGCCGCCCUGAAGAGUGAAUUUGUUUCCUUUUGAAGUCAUCUUUGGAGGAUGCAGUAAAACAUGACUAGAUAAUAUAUAUGACUGACCCAAAGGAAGGAAUGAAAUGCUCAUCUAGAGACCUCAUGAUACACAAGGUCCUGGGAUUGUAUGUUUUCCAUUAUGUUGGAAAUAAAGUGGAAAAAGUCGUUGGAUUGUAAAGGGAAUGAUGACAAUAUAAGGUAACAAAACCCAAAUGCUUAACCAGUUAAUAUCCCCCCUUGUAAUGUUCAACAUACAAGUCUCUUUCUUUUGAGCAAGACAAGAUUUCUUUCCGUUA